AUGAACCGCGACAAAAUAGUCUUGAGCAGUAAGGCCCAGUGCCUCCUAGAUUCGCUGAUUAGCGAGCUCGGCAUCGAGAAUUACACCCUGAGCAUCACGCUAGGGCACGCAAGGGGUGAUAAUUACUUAGGCGUUAUCGCCAAAGUACACGUGAAAACCGACAGUGCGUCUUGGUAUUGGAUUAUUAAGUGCGCUCCAGAGGCAAGCCAGUUCAGAGUUUUCGUUCCCGUUACAAAAAUAUACGUACGCGAAGUGUACUUUUACGAAAAAAUUCUCACGGAAUACCAAAAGUUCCAAGAGGAAAAGGGAGUAGUACCAUUUCGGUCGUAUGCCAAAUACUACACCUCUUAUUUGGAAGAACCAUACGAAACUAUAAUUAUGGAGGAUAUGAAGGCGGUGGGUUACAAACUGUACAACCGACAAGAUCCUUUGGAUUACGAGCACGCUUUGAUGGUGAUGCGCGAAUACGGCCGUUUCCACGCCAUUUCGUUCGCAAUACGCGAUCAAAAACCCGAUUUAUUCCAAGAAUUUCAGCGAAACCUGCCGGAAGUGCUCUACGACAUCCUAGCCGAUAACGACGCCAGUAAGAAACUAAUACAAAGUCAGUGCAGCCGAGCUAGAGAUUCUCUGGACGAAGUGAACAAUAAACGUGUCUACGAUAAAUUCGCAGAUUUUGAAGAGCACAUGUUUAAACUUGUGGAAAAAGCGAUUGCGACAGAUGCUGCAGGUCGUUACGCUGUCAUCUCGCACGGUGACUGUUGGAUAAACAACAUUCUCUUCAAGUACUCGACAGGUCAACAGUACCCAACAGAUCUCUGCUUCAUAGAUUGGCAAAUGUCCAAAGUUGGUUCUCCGGUCUUGGACCUAUCCUUCUUUCUCUUUACGACCACGGACAAAAAGCUGCGAGAUCAACAUUACGAUAACUUGCUCAAGGAGUACCACCGCAGCCUGUCUUCGUUUCUAAUCGAACUGGGAAGCGACCCGGAAGUUCUUUACCCCUUUCACAUUUUGCAAGAACAUUUGAAAACGUUUUCGGUUUACGGUUUAUUUAUGGCCAUACAAAUUCUGUAUUUCAUGGUUAGCGACGAAAACGAAAUUCCCGAUAUACACAAUUUUACAAGUGAGGAGGACGCGUUCGAACAGAUGCAGUAUGUUCCAAAGAAUAUCGAUAGGUAUAAUGCGAGAAUUCAGGAUAUUGUGUUCGAUUUUGACAAACUUGGUUAUGAUUUUUAAUUGUAAACUGUGAGAUGGGUUUUCCGGACCAAGGGUGAAUCGAGUUUUUACUACAUUAUUUCUACCCAAACCGACGCGGACCAUGCGAUGCGGUGGCUCGGACGCAUACACCACUGUAGAAAUAUAUCCCGCAUCUCCGCAUCGGUUUGAGUGGACCUUUAGAAGGCUAAAAGACGUAUGUUUGACUUGUAUCAGCAGAUUCCUAAAAAACCAUUUAGGCCGUACUGCUAAUUAGAUCAGAAGGGUUACCCCACUUCUUGUAAAAGGUUCAACAGUCAUAGGUGAUGGAAAAAUAUUGGUAUCGCCCAUAAACUAUAAAGUGACCAUCGAUUAUUACAGAAUGGCAGUCUCUAGCAUAUAGUAUUCUAAAGGGAAAUAAUCCUCUUUUUUCCGUUACAAGGUCAUAUUUCAUGGAAGAUAUAUCUAUUAUGUUAAGUGUUAUUUAUUAUAUCAUAUUUAUUUAUA